GGCCCCGCUAUCCCAGAUUCCAGAACUCCAGCUUCGAAUUGUCCGGGCUUAUUGAUAGCUGGAGUUAAGCAGCUCGCUCAUCAAUUGAAGCAUAAAGGAGUUCGGAAUAUCAAACGUCAUUUUUGCCCCGCUGGUCGGAGUUUCAUGACUCGACCACUAUUGUGUUGACUGAUUUCUGACUCCCGAAUUUAGCUUGCCAAAAAAAAAUUGCUUCUCGAUUUCAGCCAACACUCACCAAGUCAAAACUCUAGCCAAUACCUAUCACAAUGGCCGAACAACGAGUCAACGUCCACAUCCCUUCCAGACCCUCCGUGCUCGACAGCGUCCGCCUCCGCAACAUCCAGCUUCCCCUCCCCGCAGCACCAGACCCAUGGCACCGCACCGGUAAACCCCAGCCCUGCACUGCAUCCAUAAAGCUCUCUUACUCCUCUGCCGUGGCAGCCGCUGAUGCCGACGAUGUAUCCCUAUCGAUCGACUACGGGAAGCUCUCCCGCCGGCUAGAAGAGGAUAUCCGCAACAUGACCUUGGGUAACAAGCAUAGCGGAGCCCCUCAUCCGCCUCCAGGCCACCACAUGAUUAGCCUCGAGGGAAGCCGGCGCGAGGAGAUGCUCGGCGCGGACGCUGGCGAAGACGUGCGCCUGACCGCGGGAGUUGUCGCGAACUGCGCCCUCGGACUGCUUGAGGAGACAGCGGCUGGUGUGCGGCGGAUGGGCCACGUGCAUCAGACUCGGCGGAGAAGCAGUGCAUCUGCAUCUGUGCCUGCGCCUGCAGCUCUGAAUAACGAUAACCCGGCCUCGUUGUCGCCUGGUGGGCCUAUUGAUGACGUCUAUGGGCAGUGUGAGGUCUGGCUGCAUUUGCCGAAGGCGUUGCUACGUGCGGAGAAUGGGAUUCACUAUCGCAGUUCUACAAUGUGGGGAUAUAGAAAUGGAGGUGCGACUGGUGGGGAUGUGGCUAGUGGAUCGGACCGGUGUCCUGUGGUCUUGGAGGAGGAGUUCAGGAUUGACGGGAUUCGGUGCUAUUGCAUUCUUGGGGUAAAUUCGCAUGAGCGGGUUGAGAAGCAGGCUGUGAUCAUCUCAUUGGAGUUCAAGGGGCCUGGACAGUUGGCUUGGGGUUCAACUGUGGUGGAUACGUAUCAGGCUAUGACAAGGGCUGUUGCUGAGCGCGUGGAAGAGACUUCGUUCCAGACGGUCGAGGCACUCGCGACGUUUGUCGCCCGUAUUGUCACGGUGGACUUUGCUAAUGAGCGAGUGACGGUAAGAGUUGAGAAGCCGAGCGCGCUAUCAUUUGUAGAGGCCUCCGGGGUGGAAGUGACCCGAUCUCAAGCGUUCUUUGAGAGGUCAACAUGAUCUUCUUGAAUACUGGUAGUUUGUUAAAUGUAGCGAAUAUCAAGUGACGUAUCGCCAAUGACCGAGGCACGUGAAGCAGUAAGCCAGGAUGGGA